AUGGAGAACUUCCUACGGGUCUGGCGACAACAGGCGAAGGUCCGCGGCCAGUUUGACUCGGCCAUCUUUAUCGGAGACAAAGUGCUCGCGUUGACAAACAGCGACGAGGACGCCCUUUGGCUGGCCGAAGUACACUUCUCGAACAACAACUACACGCGAGCCCUUGCCCUCCUUUCUGGACAAGACCUCAUAUCCCGGAGCACCGCCUGCCGCUACCUCGCCGCCCACUGCUACAUCAAACAAGGCCAAUAUGAGCAGGCGCUUUCAACUCUGGGCGACCAGAACCCCACCCACCUGAUCCGCAGCAGCAACAGCCGUCGCAAGCUUCAACACAUCAACGGACAAAGCCGUAUCACACUACGCAACGGGAAGGGCGCUGCGUCGCGCAUUGACCGCUCGGAGGAACGAGAUCGCGAGGAUGCUUCCAAUAUCCGGUAUGAGGCGGGGAUGUGUUACCUUCGGGGACUGUGUUUUGCAAAGCAGAAUGCUUUCGAUCGGGCCCGGGACUGCUACAAGGAUGCUGUGCGCAUUGACGUGCAGUGUUUCGAAGCGUUUGAUCAGCUCAUGAAGAACUCGCUCAUGUCGCCGACGGAAGAGCUGGAGUUUCUCGAAUCGCUGGACUUUGACUCGAUUACAGGGGCGGACGCGCCCAUUUCGCAGGAAGCGGCACAUUUCACGAAGAUGCUCUAUACCACUCGCUUAUCGAAGUACUCAUCGCCUGCUAUCCUCACCGAUGCCACCGAAACGCUGUCCACACACUACAAACUGGCCGAGAAUCCGGACAUCCUCCUCUCUCGGGCAGAAGCUUUAUACACACAAUGCCGCUUUGCCGAAGCGCUGGAGCUGACGUCUUCGAUUCUCUCAACGUCGCAGUCCUCGCUUUCUUCGGCGCACACCGGUCCCACCGCUCAGAGCCAUCUUGGUCAUUCGCCCGCCGUAUACCCCCUACACCUGGCGUGCCUAUACGAGACAGGCGCCACAAAUGCCCUUUUUUUACUCUCGCACACCCUUGCCGACCACUCACCAGAAGAAUCCUACACGUACCUGGCCAUCGGAGUAUACUACCUAUCAGUGUCCAAAAUCGCAGAGGCCCGGCGCUUCUUCUCCAAAGCGUCGUUGCUGGACCCUCACUCUGCACCAGCCUGGAUCGGGUUUGCUCAUACGUUUGCAGCGGAAGGUGAGCAUGAUCAGGCCAUCGCCGCGUAUAGCACCGCUGCUAGACUGUUCCAAGGCAACCAUUUACCGCAGCUGUUUCUUGGAAUGCAGCAUCUCGCGCUGAACAACAUGUCUCUAGCGCAAGAGUACUUGUGUGCAGCGUAUGCCAUGUCCACGGGAACGGCUGCCGGCACAGUACCUUCAAUACCUUCCAUGCCUUCUGAGUUGUCUACGCUAGGAGGAGAUCCUCUGGUUCUGAACGAGCUUGGCGUCGUUCUGUACCAUCAAAAUCAUCUCGAUAACGCGGUAGAACUAUUUCGUCAGUCACUAGGGCUAGCGACGUCGCUCCAAUGCGAACCGGGCGCCUGGGUAGCCACGCGAUCGAAUCUCGGCCAUGCCUUACGUCGCUUAGGACGAUACCCCGAGGCACUCGAAGAGUUCGACGAGUGUGUGCGGAUCGGCGCCGCCGGUACAAGCCUGGGGUAUACUCCAUUCCUAGGCGGAAGUGGAGGCAAUGCUUCUGGAGUUGCAUCAUCGGGCGUGAGUGGGUAUGAGGAGAGAGGACUCAUCGGAUCACUACAUACUGCUCGUGGGCUUAUACUGCUGGAGCUGAGCCGCACCAUGGAUGCCGUGACCGCCUUGCACGAGGCAGUGCGAGUGCUUGGGGCCAGUGGUGGCGGGGACGCUGCAGGUGGAGCGGGCGUUGCAGGAACCCUUUUGUCGCGUGCUCUGGAGAUCUGGGCGUCAGAAACGCGCGAAUCAGAGAAUGUGAUGUCAGAAGAUGGCCGAGCGCCGCUCCGAACCUCGACGCGAUCGUCGCGCGACAAGGGCAAAGGCCACGCGGCUCGGCGACGCAUAGCCGCGGAUGAUUCCUACACAGAGGAGUGGACAGAUGAGGUCGCACAGGCUGGGGUUGACUUGCCGGUCGAGCACACAACCGUGGAAGACACGAUUGAGAUGGAGCUGGAUCACGACGCAGAGAGGCUGCUGGCCGAGACAGUGGGCCGGGUCCGUGGGGGCCAACGCGGACGCCACAGACUCCUCGCGAGCAGUCCGGAGAUCCAUGACGUGCGAAAGGGAGGGCGAUUAGGGCGACAUUUUGCGCAGUCGCGAUCAUGA